CCCCAGAAGUGUUUAAAGGCAGUGGAUAUGGCGUAACGGUGGAUUGGUGGUCUUUAGGAGUUAUAUUUUAUGAAUGCAUAUAUGGAGGGGUAUGUUGGUCAAUAUUUGUAUUUGGUGUAAGUACUUUUUUUUGUCCUUCAUCAAAUCAAAUAAAUUUUGAUGCAACUUACGAUCUGGAAGAGCUGCUACUUGAGGAACAACCGCUUGACUGUAGACCAUCACGUAAAAGAAAAUCUAGACGUCGCAAGGAUUAUGGUAAUAAUGAUUAUUUUGAAAAAGAGGAAGCUCAAUAUCAAUUAAUUGAAGAAAAAUUUAAGCCAUUUGAUUAUACAGUUUUUGAGAAAUACGAAGGUUGGGUAGAUCCAGUUACAAGGUGCGUGUCUGAUCCACCUGAAUGGGUUAAGCCUGCUGCUGUUGAACUAGCUAAUCAAAAAGAAAGGGAAAGUCAAGAUGGAGCAACUAAUAAUGGCGGUCGCGGUGAUGUUGUCGCCGGCAAUGAUGAAUAUAGUUUUCGAAUGUACGAAGAACUAGCUCAUAAUGUUUCCGCCGUAGAUAGAGGUUCUAUAUCGUGGGACGAUCCACUUAUAUCACACGCGGUUUGGGAGAACCCGUCUUAUGUUGAAGAAAAUCAUCGGAGGGAGAUUAACGGAGGUCAUAUUUCCGCCUAUUUUCAUUGCGGUGUUUCCCAGUAUGUGUUAUGUUGUCGUUUAUUAGUAUUGAAGGGAUUUCAAAAUAAAUUGGAACACAGUACUGAAAAACGAAGAAAAGUCACCGCCGCCUGGUGUUGA